CGGGUCCUCGCUGAGGACCCCAGACUGGGCACCGCCGCCGGUUCGUCAACCCUUUCCCUCCUCCGCCUAUUUUCAACCUUGUCCAUCCGUUGGCGCGGCCUCUGGUGCAGCGGCGGCGGUUCCCAUUCCUGCCGCAGCUCUCUCCCCUCCCUCCCCACCCAUCAGAUCCCCGAGUGCGCUCGCCAUGGCUUUACUCACUGCGGCCGCCCGGUUCUUCGGAGCCAAGCAUGCAUCCUGUCUUGUUCUUGCUGCCCGGCAUGCCAGUGUUUCCUCCACGAAUUUGAAAGACAUAUUGGCUGACCUGAUACCUAAGGAGCAGGCCAAAAUUAAGACCUUCAGGCAGCAACAUGGCAAGACAGUGGUGGGCCAAAUCACUGUGGACAUGAUGUAUGGUGGCAUGAGAGGCAUGAAGGGAUUGAUAUAUGAAACAUCAGUUCUUGAUCCUGAUGAGGGCAUCCGUUUCCGAGGCUAUAGUAUCCCUGAAUGCCAGAAACUGCUCCCCAAGGCUAAGGGUGGGGAAGAACCCCUGCCUGAGGGGUUAUUUUGGCUGCUGGUCACUGGACAAAUCCCAACGGAGGAACAGGUAUCUUGGCUCUCAAAAGAGUGGGCAAAGAGGGCAGCUUUGCCUUCCCAUGUGGUCACCAUGCUGGACAACUUCCCGAACAAUCUACAUCCCAUGUCUCAGCUCAGUGCAUCCAUUACAGCCCUCAACAGUGAAAGUAACUUUGCCCGAGCAUAUGCAGAGGGCAUCAACCGAACCAAGUACUGGGAGUUGAUUUACGAGGACUGUAUGGAUCUGAUUGCAAAGCUACCUUGUGUUGCAGCAAAGAUCUACCGGAACCUCUACCGGGAGGGCAGCAGUAUUGGGGCCAUUGACACUAAGCUGGACUGGUCGCACAAUUUCACCAACAUGUUAGGCUAUACUGAUGCUCAGUUCACUGAGCUCAUGCGCUUAUACCUCACCAUCCACAGUGACCAUGAGGGUGGCAAUGUAAGUGCCCAUACCAGCCAUUUGGUGGGCAGUGCCCUUUCCGACCCCUACCUGUCCUUUGCAGCUGCCAUGAACGGGCUGGCAGGGCCCCUACAUGGCCUGGCAAAUCAGGAGGUGCUUGUUUGGCUGACACAACUACAGAAGGAAGUUGGCAAAGAUGUGUCAGAUGAGAAGUUACGAGACUACAUCUGGAACACACUCAACUCAGGACGGGUUGUCCCAGGCUAUGGCCAUGCAGUACUAAGGAAGACUGAUCCACGAUAUACCUGUCAGCGAGAGUUUGCUCUGAAACACCUGCCUAAUGAUCCCAUGUUUAAGCUAGUUGCUCAGCUGUAUAAGAUUGUGCCCAAUAUCCUCUUAGAGCAGGGCAAGGCCAAGAAUCCCUGGCCCAACGUAGAUGCUCACAGUGGGGUGCUGCUCCAGUUCUAUGGCAUGACGGAGAUGAAUUACUACACAGUCCUGUUUGGGGUGUCACGGGCACUGGGAGUCCUGGCACAGCUCAUCUGGAGCCGAGCCCUAGGCUUCCCUCUAGAGAGGCCCAAGUCCAUGAGCACGGAUGGUCUGAUCAAGUCUGUAGACUCUAAGUCAGGGUAAAACUAGAGCCUGAGGGGAAACUGAUUAUCAGAAAGUUAGGAAACUUUAAAAAAAAAAAGUAUACUUUUAUUUGAGGGGGCCUUUAAAGAUUUAAGAUUAAAUUUUAUCUGAGGCACUGAUAAGAAGUUUGAAGUUAAAAUAUAAAUUAAGACUUUAAAAGAUGAAAAGCGACCCCUUCUCCCUAACCAGAUCCUUUUCCCUGCCCAGUAUGACUUGCCCAUCAACUACAGGAUGACCAGGACUAAUGCAUGUGAUAUGGUCCAGGUUUGGCUUCCUGCCAUCUCUAGAGUGGGAAUCUGGCCCCUCUUUCCUGGCUCAGAGCUGGUUACAGAGACUCUGCAAUCACUUUGGAGCUUUUGGUUUGACUCUGCCCAGCCCUCAGUAUGCCGGCAAACCAGGACUCUGCCCUCUUCUGUUUCCGUAGGAAUCAUGUUGGAUUGUCAGCUGUACUAAGCCCAUCGCCCUCUCCCAUGCACACAAACACCGCCAGCAAGAUUUAUUGGUUAGCUGGAUAUACUUUGGCAGUUUUUUUAUGCUACCAGGUGAGCAUAGAGGCCACCAGCAUUUGUUGUGAUUGGCAUCCAGUGUUCCAUUUUAUUUCCCUUUUUUAAACGGUCCCAUUAAAGUUAAGGUCUGGGGGUGUUCUGUUUCCCACUACUUUAUUAUUCACCUCCUUUCAGACUCUCUAUACCUGGGGUGCCUCAGGCAAAAGAUGCUCUGGACCUUCCCCUCUCGCUCCGUACUAGAAACCCCUUUCACAGCAGGUUGUACACUGUCUGACGUGUGGUCUUUCCCAGUCAUUUGACUUUAUCAGUGCUUACUGUGAACUCAGCUUUUUACUUCCACGGAACACAAGCCACUACCUUCUGACCUUUUUUUUUUUCUUUUAAUGUGCUGUGGGGCAUAGAACAGGGACUUGGGAAUGACCAGCAUGAUAUCUUCAUGAUCUAACCCCAGGGGUACCAUAACCUCUUUAAGCAGGGAAAUUAUUCAAGAUUAGACAUGGUCUCCUUUGAAUAUCAGGUCUUGGGUCUGAGGGAAUUAAAGAUAGUAAGCCUUCCUCCUCAUCCCCUGCCCCAAGAAAAUACCCUUUUAUUUAUCAAGGUCCUUUUCUUGACUCUUCGCAAGAGCUCAAAGUACAGUGUUUGUUUUAGAAGCCCCAUUUACACAGGUUUUCAGUGACUCAGAAUGCUCUACCGCCUUUUCUUUGAGAAAAGACUGAAAUACACUCCUGCUGUGCCCCCUUCCUCUGAACUCCUGCCUGUGUUUGUGUGGAUCCCCAAGUUCCAGAAACACACUGUUGAGAUGGAUACACUGUCUGUAAACGUCUGGGUAACUGUCAAGUCCUGUUGCAGACUUCAGGUGGUUCUGUAUAAAAUGCAAAAUAAAUGUUUUUGUUAACAAU